AUAUACUCGACGUUUGUCUACUCGCUCUCAGUCCGACUCAGUUCCACAAUGAGUGGGACAGAGACAGGCAAUUGCGAUGAGGAGGAAAGAGAAAUAUGUGAUCAAGUCGAUUCACAUGAACCGAAAAAAAAGAAAAAAGUCUACAAGCUUUGCAACUGGAUCCGUGGAGCAGUCUUGUUUUGCUUCUGUUGCUUUCGGAACCCAAAAGAUGAGAAAAAUGCUGACUCUACAUCGAUGACUUUAGUUGAAUCAAUCGAUGCCGUGGAACUCGGAAGAACUCCAAACUAUGAGAAAACUGCAGCAUUGAAAAAGCCUUCAAAGGCAUCUGGCGACAAUGAUAACAAAUAUCCGGGAUUGCCAAUGAUGCCAGCAGAGAAAACUCAGUCAUUUGAAAAUAUACCCGGAGCGGUAUUUGACGAAAAAGAGUUGGUCGUGUCAAAGGUCGAGGGCAAAAUUAGACUCCGGAGACCGAAGACAGCGCCAGUCAAUCGAACAGACCCUGCAACAAGAUAUUUCCCACCUGUGGCGUUCUGGACUCCUGUAGAUAUCAAACAAAGCGAUAUCUAUAAAAUUGAUCGUAAUCUUCCGAACCUCAAGCUUCAUAUUCAAACGUGCAUUAAAUCAAGAAGAAACAAGACGAGAUUUCUCAAACCUUUGGAGUUGACACCUACUGGAAGAAAAUACGGAACUGAGGACAACGUGAGGAAAAUGCGACCAAAAACGGCACCACCUACACGAAAAGGCAAUGCAGACUUUCCAUCACUUGCAUUUUGGGCUCCAUUUGACAUAAAAAGAUGCGAUUUGAACAACAUAAAUCGUAAUCUACCAAGCCUACAAGAUUACGCACGAGCUCGCCCCAAGUCACGUAGAAACAAGAGAAAAAGGAGAAAAAGAAAGUUACCUUCGGAUGAAGAUUGCAAGAUUAGAGCUGAUGUUUGA